AUGCUGGUACGAGCCAAUACGUCAGUAAUGAUGCCUCUGAAAAGUGUCAUAUUUGGAACACUGACAUUGUUGUUGUCAUGGACCAGUCUGGAAGUGUCGGAAGGACUCUAUACCAUAAAAACUUUACUCGUCUCCAAGUCGAGAGCUGAGCUAAUGGAUGAUAAAAGCCAAAUUUCUGCCACUGGUUUGAAACAAAUAGCAGAUUUUGUUAACGAUUCUGUGGAAAUUGGUGAAGGAGACAACCAAAAUCGAUUUGGACUAGUUCUCUUUGAUGAAAAUGGUACAACUGCGUUUGACUUGACUGAAUUCAACACGACAGAGGAUGUUGUUACUGCCGUUAUAAAUCAGAGUUAUAGUGAAGGUGAUACUAAUAUUAUAUCUGGAAUGUACGAAGCUGUCAAAGUUUUUAAAAAUGCUUCCGAGACGGAGCAUCAACGAGUAAUGAUAAUUAUAACGGACGGGUCUGACGAUUCAGACGUUGCAUCUGCUCGCCGUGAAGCAAAAAAUUAUAAUAUUUCAAUAUUUGCCAUUGGCGUCGGAAUCAUGGUUGAGUCAGUUCAGCUCGAGCAGGCAGCAAAAGGGAGGGUAUUCUUGAUAAAAACCUACUACGAAUUACAGAAGACUUUAAAUAAAAUCUGUGCUAAUAUUAGCUCUAUUGAUUCUCCUCAUACGAAACUAGUAGAGGAUGUUCGGAGUUGUGGCUGUGAAAACACAAAGUUGGAUGAGUUAUUGUACUGGCUUGAUAUUGUCUUUGUCUUGGACUCAUCUGAUGGUGUAGGUGAAGAAAAAUUCUUAAAGGUAAAUUUCUUUAUAUGCGAAUUGCUUCGUAGGUUACCAUAUUUAUAUAUGCAGAUUCAUGUAACAGAAUAA